UACAAAGGUGAGCCCAGAAAAAGAUAUUCAGACACUAAAGACAGACCAAUAUUCAAAGGUAGGGAGAGAAGGAAGAGGGUGUGGGACUCUGUGGACUAUUCUGGGAACAAAUCGCAAUUACUGGACUAAACCAGCCCGUUUAUUUUUACGGAUCUGAUUGCUACCUGUGGUUCCCCUCAAUAUCAGAUUGCCCAUGUCGACCGCCAGUGAGCUGUGUAGGAUUCUCACCAACGCUAACAUGACCAUGUAUCAGACAGGGAUCUCAGAGCCCCUGCAGCCCAGUCACAACACUGCGUCUCUGCCCGCCAUCGGAGACCUGGCGCAGCUCUCAGACCUCUCCACAUGCUUCUCCGGCACAUUGGUACAAUGGUAUGAGCUGAACCCUCAGUAUUGGAGCAAGCAGAACGUCUUGGAUUGGAUCAGUUUCCAUGUGGAUGGCAGUAAGUUUGAUGCCAGCACCCUGAGCCUUUCCUACUGCUCCAUGGAUGGACUCACACUCUGCCAGCUGACCAGAGAUCAGCUGCUAAACAUGUUUGGAAUGUCUCUCGGGGCUCACCUUCACCAGAGUUUGCUGGAGCUCAAGGCCAAAUAUGAUCUGAGUGAGACCUGUAAGCUCCUGGAUAGCUUCCUGCAGGAGUUUCCAGACUUCCCUCUGCUCAGCACAGUAGAAGUGAAUGAUGCUGUGAAAGACACCAGCUACAGCGACUUUUCGCAUAUCUUCAAGAACGUCACAUUGGAGAACACAACACCACUCAAUGACAACGGAUACGAGUCUGACAGCAUGCACAGCUCCUCAUCAGUCGGAGCCUUCGGUUUUCAGAACCCCAGUUCUCCAGAAUCCAGGAGCAGUGAGUCCGAACCAGAGUUCUCUUACCCUCAGAUAGCCAAGGUACAUAUUAAAACAGAGAGGGCCGAGAGAGGAGACACGAAGAGAGGCAGAGGAAGACCACCUAAACUCAGCCGAGACCCAAGACACAUCUACCCUACCUCCAAAAAGAACAAACACGCGCCCCGGGGGACCCACCUUUGGGAGUUCAUCAGAGACAUCCUUAUCCACCCAGAACAGCACCAGAACCAGGGUCUAAUGAAGUGGGAGGACCGCCGCGAAGGUGUCUUCAAGUUCAUCAAGUCUGAGGCUGUAGCCCAGCUGUGGGGGCAGAAGAAGAAGAACAGCAGCAUGACCUACGAGAAGCUCAGCCGUGCUAUGAGAUACUAUUACAAGAGAGAGAUCCUGGAUAGGGUGGACGGCAGGCGGCUGGUCUAUAAAUUUGGGAAGAACUCAACUGGUUGGCGAGUGGAAGAGACCAGUUGCAUGCCAUGAAGAAUACAAGAGAGGAGGAAUGGACGGGGGUGUAAUCUGAAAAGACCCCUAAUGUCCUACCCACACCCUGGUCUACAGCUUUUCUCCACCUAAACUCACAUAAAGACACUAACUUCCCUUCUACCAGGGGAGGUGUUGCAGAACAUGUAAGCCAGUAUUUCUGGCUCCAGUAGGUUUUAUGAACCAAUAUUGUUAUUGUACAGUAAUUAUUACGUUUACUGUGGAUCUGGAUUUAGGGUCGGCCAUUUUGGACAAUGGGAGGGUAUGAUGGGGUUUGUUUUCAGUUAUAAUCUCUCUCUCUGCAUUUAUACACCAGCGCUUUAUUGUGUGGAAAUAACUCAGCUUAUUUCACAGUGACCAUCACCUGGGUAAAUGGAUGUUAUGAUUUUUACUGUGGCAAAGUAAGCACAUGCGUUUUCUCGAGUUCUUUUGUAUAAACAUUAAUAUUAAUAAGUCUCUUGUUGCACCCCAAGUAACACUUAAAAUAAAAAUGUUAUAUUUCCAUAUACAAGAUGGUUAGUGGCCAAACUUCUAACAUGAGCCACUGUUUAGAAGAGCCUCACAGUGUGUUUUACCCUUCAGGGGAGCUAUGGGUAUAUACAGACUUGUGAUGAAUAGUAAACCUGAUAUGAAGGAGGAAAAGAAAACAAAAAAGGAAUGGGAAAUCGAGAAGAGAGAUGGGGGAAAUGAAGGCUUUAUAAUUAUAAACUAUUGUUGACACAUGAAGUUGUGCAUUUUGCUCUUUUAGCCGGGAAACUGUCCAUGAGUUGAUAAUGUAAUAUGUCAUUCAUAGCCAUAUACAUCUUUAUUUAUCUCACCAGACCAGACCCCCAGAAAUCCACUAUGCAUUUAUUACCCGUUUAAAACAAAUGAACAAGUCAGUUGCUCUUCUGUAUGAGUGAUUGUUGUUAUUUAGCUGAUCUGUUUUCUUGUAGAUCACUCAAUGUCAUGUGUAUGAGAAUUCAAUCUCAGAUUGUAUUGUUUUUGACGUCAUUGCACUCGUGUUUGUAAGCAUAUGGCAUACGGUUAUAUUUUAUACACACUUUUUACUAAAAUAAACUUGUUUGAAAUGA